AGGCGCCAGGUCUGCAUGUCUGUUCCCAGCACUCUGCAAGGCUAGAAAAGGAGGAGGAACCUUUCCAGAAUCCCUGCAGGACAGGAAAACGAGGGGACAUCUCAACAUGGAAAAACUCUGCAAUGAAAAUGAAGGAAAGCUGGAAAGCGAAGGAAAGCCAGAAAAUGAAGUAAAGCCUGAAAAUCAAGGAAAGUCAGAUGAGGAAGAAAAGCCAGAAGUGGAGGGGAAGUCAGAACACGAGGGAGAGCUCCAGAAUGAGGGACGGCCAGAAGACCAGGGACAACCAGAAGAUGAGAGGAAGAGAGAAAAGCAGGACAAGUCCGAAGCUGAGGGAAAGCCACACGGUGAGGGCAAGGUGGAAUCCCAGGCAAAGCCAGAGAGUCAGCCGCGGGCUGCCGAAAAGUGCACCUCUGAAGACUAUGUGCCCCGGAAAGCAAAAAGAAAAACGGACAGGGGGACGGACGAUUCCCCCAAGGACUAUCAGAACAACUUACAGGAAAGGCAUCUGGGCAGUGAGGAGAUGAUGACAGAAUGUGCAGCUAUGUCAAGGGCUCAGGAAGAGCUAAGGAAAAGACAGAAAAUGGGUGACUUUCAUUGGAUGCAAAGAGAUGUACAGGAUCCAUUCACCCCAAGGGGCCAACGGGGUGUCAGGGGAAUGAGGGGAGGAGGUAGGGGCCAGAGGCGCUUACAUGGUAUCCCAUAUCUUUAAUGCCUUUGGCCUUCAAUUCUGACUCCUCUGAUGAGAAUAUCGCUGACCCUGCUUUCCCUGGCAGGCAUUUGCCAGGCUAUGUGCUUUAACCUUAAGCUGAUUCUUUGCUUUAGGUGUCACUCUCGUUACCAGCAGCCUUUUGAUCCAACUACAGUGCUCUCUGUGUUUCAGUAGGGGAUUUUCACCCACGUGCAUGGAGGAGAUGUUCAUGGUACACUGUAAAAUAACAAUAAAGAAAAAACAGUUUUCAGA